CCGAUUGGCAUUUUUACAGGCUUUCGAAUUGAAAAAACAACAAAAAUUUAGUUUAAAAAAAAAAAACAUGUCGCACAAGCCUAAUAAUGUGCUGCGAAAUAAGGAAAAUGUAUUACUAAAGCCAGGAACCAGCACUUCUGGAGUCGCUCCAAUAGCAAUGCAGAAAAAGCAACUAAUUUGUGCGAAAAAGCCAACAAUUGAGAAUGUGGCGCCUGUGGCUAGCACCAGCAAAACUGCCGCCCAAUUAACAACAACAAAGGCGCCACAAAUAGCUGAACCGCAAUAUCAGACACAGCAGCAGCUGCCAGCAGCUUCAGCUGCAGCUGUAGCCACCAAAAAAGGGGAUACGGAUUUGGCCAAGACUGAGAAGCAACCGGCGUCGUCAGCCACUGCAACGGGCAGCAGCAAAAGCACUGAUAAGGACAAGACUGAGACUGCAACGGCAACGGCAACAGCCAAACCCAAAAAGACCUGGGCCUUAAGCAACUUUGACAUUGGUCGGCAGUUGGGUCGCGGCAAAUUUGGCAAUGUGUAUUUGGCACGCGAAAAGGAAUCUCAAUUUGUUGUCGCCUUGAAGGUGCUCUUCAAGCGACAGAUUGGCGAAUCGAAUGUGGAGCAUCAGGUGCGACGCGAAAUCGAAAUCCAAUCGCAUCUGCGCAAUCCGCACAUCCUGCGCCUCUACGCCUAUUUUCAUGACGACGCGCGCAUCUAUUUGAUACUGGAGUAUGCGCCUCAAGGCACGCUCUUCAGUGCAUUGCAGGCGCAGCCGCUGAAGCGAUUCGAUGAUCGUCAGUCGGCAACGUAUAUCAAGGCGCUGUGCUCGGCGCUAAUGUAUUUGCAUGAGCGUGAUAUCAUUCAUCGGGAUAUCAAGCCGGAGAAUUUGUUGUUGGGCCACAAGGGUGUGCUGAAGAUUGCCGAUUUUGGGUGGUCGGUGCAUGAACCGAAUUCGAUGCGGAUGACGCUGUGCGGCACAGUUGAUUAUCUGCCGCCCGAAAUGGUGCUAAACAAGCCACACACCAAGAACGUGGAUCUCUGGAGCUUGGGUGUGCUAUGCUACGAGCUGCUGGUGGGUCAUGCGCCAUUCUACUCGAAGAACUUUGAGGAAACGUACAAGAAGAUACUUAAUGUCGACUAUAAGCUGCCGGAGCACGUUUCCAAAGCUGCAGCUCAUUUGAUAUCAAAGCUAUUAGUGUUAAAUCCGCAGCAUCGGUUGCCACUGGAUCAGAUCAUGUUGCAUCCAUGGAUAACGGCGCACACACAGUGAAGCAUAUUGAGUUUUAAUCUUAGGUUUGAUUUCAUAUUCAUUCUUUAUUUAAUUUGUUCAGUUUGUUUGAGUUAUUUGCAUUUUUACU